UUUGUCUAGAUUUCACAAUCUUUGUGUUCUUUCUGAGAAGAUCUGUGAUGAAUCCAAAAAGAUGUGCUGCCUGCAAAUAUCUGAGAAGAAGAUGUCCAAAAGAUUGCAUUUUCGCACCUUAUUUCCCUCCAAACGAUCCUGCAAAAUUUGCAUGUAUCCACAGAAUCUAUGGUGCUGGAAAUGUUUCCAAAAUGCUUCAGCAACUUCCUGAUCAGACGAGAGCUGAAGCAGUGGAGUCUUUGUGCUUUGAAGCAAAAUGCAGAGUAGAUGAUCCUGUUUAUGGAUGUGUUGGCAUUAUUCAUUUACUUCAAACUCAAAUUCAGAAUGCUCAGAAUGAAUUAGCCAAAACUCAAGCUGAGGUUGCUGUUGCUCAAACCAAAGUUGGCCAAACCCAAAAUUCUGAUCAGUUUAUGUAA